AUGCCUGCUUGUGAUGUGGUGCUUCGCUCUCAGGAAGGGGUGUCCUUUACGAUACCGGCCAUCGUUGCCUGGGAGCAAAUUGGUCUUCUCCAGGCGUUGGCUGAGCUCGACGAGGGUGGAAAUGCAGAGAUGCCGCCUGUGGAACUUGACUACACCGAACUUGUGGUGAAGUUUGUGGUUGAGUACUUGCAGAAACCCGAGAAACGAAGCGUUAAGAUACCGAGGCCGCUUUCAGCUUCCCUUAGUAACUUUGCAGCUGCCUGGGAGAUGGCCUUGGUGCGGAAAAUUGAGCAGCACAAACUCCUGAUUCAGGUGUUGGAGUGCUGUAGUUACCUUCGCAUUGAAGAGUUGCAUGACCUGCUUGCCGCCUUUGUGGCGGAGCGGAUUCAGGAGAUCUCAAGGGCGGCGCCGUCGAUUAUGGAAGGGGCUGAACGCCUGCGCCAAUACCUUCAGCUGGAGAAUGAGUGGACGCCGGAGGAGAUGGUGUGCUUGGAGCAGGAGAUGCAGUGCGCGGCGAAGGUGGACCCCGGCGCCUACUAG